AUGCUCUCCGAGCACUUGGUCGUCUCGCUCGGCGUGCCUUCAAAGCCGCCGGGCACGAAUCUCGCGCCGGACGCAGGCAUUUUUGUGCACGAGUACCAGCCGCUGCAGCAACAGCGGGCAGGCUUCACGAAAUCAGCAGCGCCUCCGAAUGGACUUGCGAUCAGCGACACGCACAUUUUUGCAGCGCAGCACGACACAGGCGUGGUGCACGUGUACAGUCGCGCUCGGGGCCACCAGGAAGCCGCGGUCGCCUUCAACGAGCGCAUCUCGUGCAUCGCGCUUGCCUGUCACGAUGCCGUGCUCGUUCUCGGCACCCAGCAAGGACGCAUCGUGCUGUGGGAGCUGUGCACGGGACGCCAGCUCACCACCAAUCAAGCACACCUGCACGCCGUCACCGCCCUCGCCGUCGAUGCCCCUUCGAAUUUCCUGCUGUCCGCCUCGCACGACGCCACCGUCCACGUGUGGCCACUCCCCGCCUUGCUCUCCUUCGCCACUGCACACAUCGCCGAGCCCGAGCCCGAGCCCCUCAGCACCUUCUCCUCCCACCAUGCCGCCAUCACUGCACUCUCCGUCGGCCACGGCGCAUCGCACGCCAACUUUGCCAUCUCUUUCUCCCGCGAUCGCACCUGCCUCGUCUGGGACUACCGCACAAACCGCAUUCUGCGCACAUACCUGCUCUCUGGCAUUCCUUCGACCGCUGUGCUCGACGCGGCCGAUCGCAUCGUCUAUGUGGGCUACGACGACGGAAAUGUGCAGCCCUUAGACUUGUGCGCAUCCGCGAGCCGAGACCUCACUGCUGUGCAGGCUGGAACGGAUGCCGAUGCUGCCGUGCCUGUUCAAGCGUCGCCGAAUACCCUCUGGAGCCUUCCGGACGCCUCGUAUGGAUCUGUAAUCAGUAUGAGCGCCUCGUAUGAUGGCACUUCCAUCGUCACCGGCCAUCAAUCCGGCCAUCUUCUCACUUGGGAUGUUGCUCGGGGCCAGGCAAGUGCCCUGGGGCAGCGGCCUUUUCAUGCCCCCAUAUCCAACCUCAUCUUCCUUCCUGUCACUGGAUUCAGAGGCCAACACAGCUCAAGCAAGAUGAUCCGAAUCCAUGAGAUCGUCAAACCAAAGUUUGGUGCAUUGAACGCCUCAGAUUCCGGCCGCGUUCCCGCGAACUACAACAUGCACGUACAACUGUCCACCGAUUUGAAUGCGCCAAUCUCUGCCUUUCGAGAGAAUGUCACAGCUCCCACAUUUUCGGCAGCACUUCUUGACGACGGCGUACUAGAGCUUGCUUCCUGGCGUAAAAAUGGACAGCAAAUCAAUGCGGAAGCCGAAGCUGGCGAACAUGACUUCAUGGCGCUCGAUGCACCAGCCCAGAUCGAAAGGACGACAGAGCAAGAGAAUGCAGAUCUCAAGGCUCAGUUGAGAGCAAUGCAGAACGUGCAGAAGAAAGUGCUCGAGAAGAUGACGAAGCUGAGUGACGAAAGGAGGGCGCUACUCAAGAAAGAGCAAAGCCGGGUGGCUAAGAAAUCUGCGAAUGGGCGGAAUGGGUUCAGCAAUGAGGACGACGACUCGAGCGACUGA